UGUAAGAAAGAUUGCAACGAAAUGAUCAAGUUAGCAAAACGACGAUAUUUUUGCCGCGUGUAUUCUGUUGUCGCUGCAGAAAUGUGUGCAUUACAAAUGCUGAGAGCAUUGGUGACUCGGUGACUGGCUGCGGCUGUUGAAUUAAUAUUUGUGGUGUUGGGAAGAACGACAGCAGAGUACGAGGAGGAACUUUGUCGAACAAAAGAGGAGAACGAGCGACAUCGUCAACUACUGGACGCUGUUUUCAAAAAGCAUCAAGUUGUGUUACACAGAGCAGAUGUCAGCAAAGAACAUCUUCACUCUGAGCAGCAGGAGUGGAGCUCUAGGAUGGAGGAUGAGGUGUCAUGCCCCCCUCACAUUAAAGAGGAAGAGGAGGAGCCACAUCCUCUCCACCUUAAAGAGGAAGAGGAGGAGCUGGAGCCCGCCUACCUUAAGGACGAAGAGAGGGAGCAACAGCCCCCCUACCUUAAAGAUGAAGAGGAGGAGCCACAUACCCCCCACAUUAAAGAGGAAGAGGAGAAGCGCAACAUCAGUCAGGAGGGAGAGCAUCUUGAAGGAUUGGAGGAGUUCCCAGUGAUUGGUGUCCCUGUGAAGAGUGAAGAUGAAGAAGACAAAGGUGAAAGUGAGGAGAAGAGAGAGGUGGAGCCUCCAAGCAGCAGCUCAACUCAACACAUGACAACAGAAGCUGAUGGAGACCACUGUGGAGGAUCACAAGCAGACAACCUCUUAGCUCCACUAUCAGAUAGUGACGACACAACGUCACACUCUCCUGACACUGAUGAUGAAGACUCUAAAGAUGAUAUGACAUGUCACACUGACAACACACACUUUAAAUGCUCUCACUGUGGCAAAACUUUAAAAAACCGUUUUAAUCUAAAAACACACAUUAGAAGUCACACAUGUGAAAAAACAUUCUUGUGCUCUGUUUGUGGUAAAGGAUUCUCUCGAAAGCAAGGUUUGACAGUACAUACCAGGUCGCACAGCGGAGAGAAACCUUUUUCCUGUUCAGUGUGUGGUAAAGGUUUUGCACGAAAAAGUGUUUUGAAGUUACAUGUGAGAAAACACACUGGGGAAAAACCAUAUUCCUGUUCCGUGUGUGGUAAAGGUUUUGCAUCUAAAGGUGAUUUGAAAAAACACAUGAGAACACACACUGGAGAAAAACCGUAUUCCUGUUCGGUGUGUGGCACAACUUUUGCACAAAAGUCUAAUUUGACAAUACACCUGAGAAGACACACCGGAGAAAAACCAUAUUCCUGUUCAGUGUGUGGUAAAGGAUUUGCAUAUAAAAGUGAUUUUAAAAACCACAUGACAACACACACUGGAGAGGAACCAUAUUCCUGUUCAGUGUGUGGCCAAAGUUUUGCCCAAAAAUUUAAUUUGACAACACACCUGAGAAGGCACACUGGAGAAAAACCGUAUUCCUGUUCAGUGUGUGGUAAAGGUUUUGCAUCUAAAGGUGAUUUGAAAAAACACACGAGAACACACUCUGGAGAGAAACCAUACUCCUGUUCUGUGUGUGGCGUAGGUUUUGCACAAAAAUUUAAUUUGACAAUACACCUAAGAAGACACACUGGAGAAAAACCAUAUUCCUGCUCAGUGUGUGGUAAAUGUUUUGCAUAUAAAUGUAAUUUGAAAACCCACAUGACAAUACACAGUGGAGAGGAACCCUCCUGUUCAGUGUGUGGUGUGGGAUUUAGCCACACUCAAUCUUUGAAAAGACACAUGAGAAGACACACUGGAGAGAAAGUGUUUAGUUGCAGUGUGUGUGGUGAAAGAUUCUCUUAUAAGUACCAGCUUAACAAUCACAAGUGUACUGGUGAGAACAGCAGCAGUAAAUGAAGCUGCACGACUUGAAAUUGUCAAAGCUUUGAUAACUUUGACUUUCGAACUUCACCGCACAUACAUUGUUUCCUGUGUGUAUAACACAAUCUUGAUCAUAUAAAAUGUUCUUACCAAAAAGUUCAAGCAAAUGAACCUCCAACAGGCCUUAUUAAAAACUCACAUACAGUCAUGGACAGAAGUUUUUUUGAAUGACACAAAUAUGAAUUUCCACAUCUGCUGCUUGAGUUUCUAUGACGGCAAUUUGCAUAUAGUCCAGAAUGUAGACUUUGCAAUCAAUUGCAAAGCCCCUUUUUGUAUGAAAAUGAAUUUAAUCCCAAAAAAGCAUUUCCAAUGCAUUUCAGCCCCGCCACAAAAGGAUGAGUUGACAUGUUAGUGGUUCUCUGGUUAACACAGGUGAGAGUGUUGACAAGGACAAAGGCUGGGGAUGGCUCUGCCGUUCUUACUUAGUGAGAUGAACAGACUGGAAGCUUUAAAAGGACUGUUCUUGAAAUUUACAUCUGUGGCCCGAGGUGUUUUAUUCCUGCUUUGCUCUGCAGAGUUGUUCCCUUUAGAUCACACACAUGUACUUACCAAGUAUAUAACCUUUAU